AUAGCUAGAUCGCCCCCACUUGCAGAACUAAAACGACUCCCUAGCACUCUUCUAAGAGACCUUCCAUCAUGUCUGGUCAUGAAAUCCAGUCAGACUCGACUGCGGUCACCAUUCCCAAUGCUGGUAGAGCAUCUGGACGAAGCACACUAGAGAAACUGUCCCAGUUGGAGCAAAGAGCGGUGUCUCUGGAGCGAGAGAGGAAUUCUCAGCUAUACAACAGGAGACACGAGUUCAGAAAGGUGUUCUGCAGUCUGGAGGAGACUGAGCUCAAACUAAACCAAGACCGGAAAACUGAGAAGAAAGAGCUGAGUCAGCAGAUCUCCCGGAUCAGGGCCAACGUGCAGAGGUUUCAGAAGAUGCUGGAAGACAUGAGACCUGGCCCCACCUUCCUGGAGAGGCUGAAAGAGGUACUGGAGGAAACCGAGACCUCCAUACUGGCCUUCAAAGACAGACAGAGAGAAGUCUAUGAGAAGCUGCUGGUAGAGGAGAGGCAAGUAUCUCAGGAGGUGAUAGCCUUCCAGAGGAGGAUGGAGGCCUGGGCUACCAGCACCACCACCACUACUCCUGGGUCCCGUGGAGUCCAGGUCACCACUGCCAGUGGUACUACUGCAGUGGCUGGGGAGAGAGGGAGAGAGGGGGAGGCUGCUCUGCCUCCUGCCAUGUUGGAACUAGAGAGGUUUCUGCGGCAGACGGGGGGAGUGAGGGGUGGCUGGGAUGACUACGACCACAACACUUUCCUCCAUCUCAGGACCAAACACUCAAAUGAGAGUGCCUUGGUGGAGGCAGCACUGCGAGAGCUGCCAACCAGAACAGAGUCGGAGGUGAGGGCACACUCUGCCUGGUACACAGAGUACUCAUCUCUACUGGAGGCCAAGAGACUGGCCAUUCAGCAGUGGAAGAAAAACAAACAGCUGGCCCGCUCACAGCAACUGAAGACAGGAUCUGUCAGAGAGGGAGACAGUGAGUCCAGGAGGAAAGAGGCAACGGGAGAGAGAGAGAAGAGAGAGCAAGAGAGACAGACCAACAAGGAGAAACUACAGGCAUGGAAGGUUCAGCAGGAGCAGAAGAGACAAGAAGCAGAGAAUGCUCGACUCAAGGAAGAGGAAACGAAAGCAAAGAAAUAUGAGAAGGAAACAAUUAGACAAGCGGAGGUGAGAGAGGAGGUGAGGGGGGUACCAGGAGAGAAGGGAGAGAGAGAGACAGGCUGUGGCAGAGCAGGAGAGGCUGAGGAGACUGGCCAGAGAGAGGGAGCAACAGCUCCAGGCCAAGAGAGAGAUUGAGCAGUUCAGGGAGAGGGAUGUGAGAGCAGUGGCAGAGAGGAAAGAGAGAGACAGACAGAAAGAGGCUGCGAAGAUGGAACAGAAGAUGAGACUUGAUAAACUGAAAGAGCAGGUGGUGGUGAGAGUGGCUCGAGACCCAGAGAGGGUCCUGAGACCAACCAGUGGGUGGCAGGAGAGGAGAAAGGCGAGGGAGAGGGAGAGAGAGGAGGGAGGAGGAGGGUUAGCUGUUGGGGUCGGGGCUCGUACACUACCGAGACGUGCAGUACCUGCCUGGAGACAAGGACUCUGACUGAAUCGAUAUUUAGUGCUUUCAUGUAACCUUCAGCCAUCAGAUCCUUUCAUUUUUUCCCAUGCACGCAGUUUUACACUGAAGUGUGCAUUAACUUAAUGCACACUUUCAACUUUCAACAUUCAU